AUGACAUCCUCGGGCCAGCGCUCCGAGAUUCCCCAGCUAGUGGCGCUGAUCAAGACUCUCACCAAUCCUCAGUUGAAAGAUCUUUUGCGAAAUGAGGGUCUUGCGGUGUCGGGAGUCAAGGCCUCAUUGCAACUUCGCAUCAUCAGUUUUUCCGGACAGGCAUUGACAUUCCUCAUCAUAGAUCUAGAACGUCUCUGCGAUUCAGAAGGGAAUGGGUCUCGUUACGAACUUUUGAGGGGGCGCAUUUACCAAACAGCGAUCCCCGGCGCCUCCGCUUUUCAGUCUACUCCCGGUCAUCAAGCUCAGUCGUCACCAUCUGCCAGGUUGGCGGCAUCUCAGGCUCGACCUACUGCAUCUUUGGGAGGAACUAUGUCCCCCUUUUCACAUACCCCAGAUCCUCUUGUUUUCAAAGAGAGCCCCUUUUUCACGAUUUUGGCCCACCUUACACGAAUUACAGAAUGUAAAGUGCGCGAACAGACAAGGGAUAGUGUUGAACUUAAGAUCACGCUAGAUCAGUCGACGGCUUCGAAUUUGCAGACAGACUCAAAUUUACGGGUGAUGGUCUAUUGUGCAGCUGAUUCCGGGCUGAAGCAGUACACUAAAUCCGACAUCGCAUUUCCACACCAAGUGGAGCUCAAAGCCAACCUCGACGAGGUCAAGGCCAAUCUUCGUGGGCUGAAAAAUAAGCCUGGCACGACGCAGCCUGCAGAUGUAACAAACUACAUCCGCAAAAAGGCCAACUAUCCUAACAACAUCGUCAUGACCUAUGCCCUCACGACAAAGGUGAGUCUAUCCGAUCUUGCUGAGCGACUAUUUGGACGCCCGAAGAAUAAUUCAGCUCACCGAAACCUUGAACAGAAAUUCUUCGUGCUGGCCAAUCUUGUCCGGCAGCACCCCGUGGAGGAGCUGGUGGCUGAGUUGAAAUCACGCAAGCUGAUUUCCAAGGAACAGGUCGUUCGAGAAAUGAAAAACCGCGCAGAAGAUACCGACAUUGUUGCCACAUCGAGCAUAAUGUCGCUCAAGUGUCCCUUGUCGACGCUCAGGAUCCAAGUUCCUUGUCGCUCAAUCGUCUGUACGCACAACCAGUGCUUCGACGCAGCGUCUUUCCUCGAGUUACAAAAACAAGCCCCCACGUGGACCUGUCCCGUGUGCUCCAAAUCGACCAGCUUUGAAUCUUUACAGAUCGAUCAGUACGUGGACGAUAUUCUGCGAUCGACUUCAUUGGACGUGGAUCAGGUGGUUGUGGAGCCGGAUGGAGUCUGGUCCAAACCGAGCGAUGAUAAUGCCAUCACUGUGGGUGGAGGAACGCCUGCAUCUGAUGAUGCCGACUUGAUUGAGAUCAGUGAGCCGAGGGUUAGUUCGGUGAAACAAGAACCUCUGCCACCGGGCCAUCUGCUGGAGCGGACACCUGCUCAGUCCCGUGAAACCUCAACGCCAUCCUCGGUGGCCCGCCUAUCCAGCCGGAAGCGUCCUGCGGCCCAAGUGAUUGAUUUAACUGGCAGUGACGACGAUGAGGACGAGUCUCCUGUCCCUCCUACCAAGCGUCCGGCGUUGAAUUUUGCGGUCCGAGGCGUUUCGUCGCAGGAUCCUCAUCAACCGGUGGCCAACAGCCCUUUAAGCCAUCGGUCAUACCCACCAUACUAG